CCGGAAAGUUUGAAAAAGGAGUCAAUGACUUCCAGAAAAGCCGGAGCACCUCUAAAACAGCGGCCCAGAAUGAACUCUACCUUCAGUUGACCUACCCAGGAACCCAUAGUAUGUGAUGGUUGGACCUUCAGGAAUUGCUCCAGGAUGGGUAGCUUACCAAAUCUGCAUGAAUUGGGAAAACCGGAAGGGGAAGACCAAGGUUAUAGACCAGGUCCGGCAUUGGGACAUCUUUGUGGAGGAUGUAACGGAGCUCUGUCAAAUGCUGAAAAAUCCAAGAUCCUUCAUAGGUAUUCCGGACACAACAAAAUCACCAAGGCCAGAAGCAAUCCUCAUGACUCCAACAAGAUAGUGUACGAUGACGCCAUGGUAGAGCAUAUGGCUGCUUAUUCUCCAGUUUCUACGAGAUCGCGUUGUAACCUACAUCUACAGGGCGGGCCCAGAAGAAGGGACUCCAUGAAUAGUUCGAUUGGUGCGACAUCUGUUAGAAGACUUCUAGCUGUUGUGAGGGGUCCGGGAAACGGUGGUCAAUCAGGUCGCAACGGUAGCCCCAUCUACACGAAACGCGUCCUCUUAGCUAAUUUGGUGGUGAUAUGCAUCAGCCAUCUCCUCUCGUCGGCAGCGUAUUUACCUUUCCUAGCUCUCCAGACUUCAGUUUCGGUCUGGCAUAGGCCUUCCAGUGACGUAAUGCCAGAUAUCACAACUGGAUCUCUCCUCCUUUCUGGUUCCUACGCCGUGGCGGCCAUUUUUAGUUUGGUUGCGCCCUGUAUACUCAGGAGAGUUAGCCCCAGCGUAGUCAUAGCUAUUUCACAUGGUGCGAUGAUAAUCUUCUAUCUGUCCCACCUAUACCCCGUUCUUUACGUGACAAUCCCUGCGUGUCUGUUGUUGGGUGUUCUCCAAGGAUUGAUGUCCUGUGCGCAUAUUUCUUUCCUGAUGAUCCUCUCCCAUAGAAUAACAGGACUCUUCCACGAAGAAGAGGAGGAAGCCAGACAAGCUAGGAGAACUUGCAUCGUCAGAAGAGUAGCACGAGCCUUCCAAAGUGCUCACGACUUUGGAAUGAUCCUUGGUUCUGUGUUAUCAGCGAUUCUCAUAACGUAUACGGUAAAUCUACGAAGUGAAAUAAAAGCCUUCGAUAACGCUACAAUUGUUACAGACGAUCCUUUGGAGAGAGGGGAAAGCUUAGCCGCUCUGAGAGCAGUAAGGGAGAGCUUCAGAGAUAAAAGACUGCAAAUGGCAGCCCCUUUAGCUGUUUUCAUAGGAAUUGAACAGGCGUUCAUGUACGCCGAUUUCAGCAAAUCAUAUGUGGUGUGCACUUUGGGUAUACAUAGACUGAACUUAGUAUUUUUAUCAAUGGGCCUUCUACAAUCAAUUGCUGCUUGUACACUCAGUAUGCUACUUCGGACAAUCAGAAGGUACUAUGUAGUGGCUGUGGGUUUCGCAUUUCAUAUUUGUCUUUUGAUGGUACUGGUACUAUGGAAUCCGACUGAAGAUGAUCCAGCACUUUUUUACGUAAUUUCUGCUUCUUGGGGCGUGUGUAAUGCCAUAUGGGAAAUGCUUUGUUUCACCCUUUUGACUGGCCAAUACUCCGAUAACUGGGAACCGGCCUUCGCCAACGUAUCAUUCUUCAAAUUCUGCGGCCUGGCCAUCUCUUUCUUGAUGCACCAGCUCCUCUGUAACGUAUGGAAACUCUACUCGCUGGCCUUCGUCAUGUUGAUCGCAGUUAUCGCCUCGGCUUGGCUCGAGGUACGUCUCGAGCACAUUCGGAAGAUCAAGAACAUCACUAGGUUAUGACCGAUGUUCAACUUUUGGUGAUGUUCGGGGAAUACAUAUCAUCUGAUGACGGCCAAGAAAUAUUAGAUCAGGAAAAACGUGCGGGGGCUCAACUGGAAUAGUUUCAGAUCUUUCAAUCAAUCAAUACAGAGUCUUUCACAAUGUAUUAUUUAGAAAACAUACUUCCACCUCGACAUCCAGACCUUAACUACUGGAAUUUGAUCUACCUUUGAUGAAAUGUAGGACGUAUAUCUUCCCUACAUUUUCAUCAUUAUCAAUUAUUUUUUUGUACACGGUAGAAUCCAUAUUUUGAGAAAAGUUCAGGCAUUAAAAACGAUAUAUAUACAUAUACAAAAUGAUAUACAAUACAAUGUUCACUUGUGAACAGUUUUUUGAAAAACGUAAAAAUGAGAAAAUUUCAUCCAAGUGACUUAUAUAAGAGACGAAAAUUUGAACAAAUAAAAAUUAAUCUGAAUAUAAAAGACUUAAUUUAGAUUUGAAUUCUUUACAAAUUAGGUGGAAUAAAAAAAUCUUGAUCAGAAUUAUUUGCCCCUUUCAACAUUCUUAAAAUUUGACCAAAAAAUACGUAAUUAGUGUGAUGAAAAUCACUUUGGAAGCAGGGCCGUCGCUAUGGGGGAUGGGGGGUGGAGCCUCCCCCCAUACUUUUUCGACUUGGAAAAAAGUUGGGAAAUUUCGGGCCGUGUAGUUAGAAAAAAUAAUAGUAGAAAACAAU